AUGCUGCUUCGUUUAGUUUGUGAUCCAGAUAGCAAAAAAUCGAUUUGGCAGAACCCUCGCCCGCCUUCCAGAAGGUACUGCAAACCUUUAAAAAUUACUUUUGUUAAGGAAUCAAACGAAAUUUUUGUAGCGGAGAAAAAUCGGGUCAUGCGCAGGAAAAAUGAAGUCCUGCCUAAAUAUCCUGCAAGUGAAAAGUCCAAAAUGUUAAGCAGUUUUUAUACGAAUUUGACAUCUAUAAAAAACGAAAAACCAAAUCGGGCGGUAGUGUGGGCAGAUGCGGAAGAACUGGUUAAGGCUGUUAUUAAAAAAAUAAACCAUAUUGGAAAACCUGAAAAUAAAAUUAUGGCUGAUGGAGGGCAAGGUUUGUAUAUAAUUUGUUUGACAAUUUUACCGGAAAAUUACUCCUCUGUGUUAAAAAGAGGGUUAGCUGGAAACCAAGAAAUAGUAAAAGACGAACUAAAUGCAAUGGAUCAACGUAAACGUUCUACAUAUAAAGAAAGAGGAAGAAAAGGAAAAAGAGGUAAGAGUGGAGUACAAAAAACCGCAAUUGCAACGUACCCGUGCCCAUAUAGGUUUCAAGAUAAACCCACAAAUGUUGAAGAUUCCAACUAUGAAUCUCAAACGAUGUAUUUAAGAACUUAUGGAGACGUUACAAGCAUUUCGACAAAUUUUGUUCCCUAG